AUGGUCAAGUCCCACUACAUCCGCGCCGGGCGCAUGGUGCGCAUCCUGCGUGGCCCCCGCCAGGACCGCGUCGGUGUGAUCGUUGACAUUGUCGACGCGAACCGCGUGCUGGUGGAGAACCCAGAGGACGCGAAGAUGUGGCGCCACGUGCAGAAUCUGAAGAACGUGGAGCCGCUGAAGUACUGUGUGAGCGUUGGCCGCAACUGCAGCGCGAAGGCGCUGAAGGAUGCGCUGGACUCGUCGAAGGUGCUGGAGAAGUACGCGAAGACGCGCACUGCUGCACGCGUGGAGGCGAAGAAGGCGUGCGCUGCGUCGACGGACUUCGAGCGCUACCAGCUGCGCGUAGCGCGUCGAUCUCGCGCGUACUGGGCGCGCAAGGUGUUCGACGAGAAGGACGCGAAGACGCCCGUGUCUUGGCACAAGGUUGCGCUGAAGAGGAUGCAGAAGAAGGCCUCAAAGAUGGACUCGACCGAGGGCGCGAAGAGGCGCAUGCAGAAGGCGAUUGCUGCGCGCAAGGCGAAGAAGUAA